CACAUAAAAACGCCCACAGUACAGUUCUCUGAUUCAGAAUAACCUGCUCUCACUUCUUGAUUGCACCCUCUCCAAGGACAAGAAUUUUAUGUGACUAUUUUUUUCUAAUAAGCUGGACACAAAGACACACUCAGUGAAGUUGAGACCAUAUAAGCUCAUUCUUUGCUCUUGGCAUUGGUUUGGGCCAUGCUGGACCUGAAGAAGUACCUCACAGAGGGCCUGAUCCAAGUGGCUAUUGUUCUCAGUCUGGCUGGGAUGCAUGUGGACGUGGAUCCUUACCUGCCCCCACUCAGCGAAAUCAUUUUGGACACCAGUUCAGCUAUACCUCAGACCCAAUUCCACAAUCUUCAAAACAUCCUGGAUGGAUGUAACCUACAUCCAAAGAGCAUAGACCUAGAUGGGUUCUUCACAACCCGCAGGCUCUUGAGUUGGGUGCGAUCCCUCGAUCGUCUGCAGGUGCCAGCAGCGGAGCUGGAUGCCUGGUUGGUCCACAGGGAGCCUGAGAAUGGAGUGUCUAUUUCGGCCCAGAUGGGCCUGCUUGUGGAGGAUGAUGGACUUGAGGAUGCAGAGGACUCCUCAGAGCUAAGCAUGAGGUUGGGAAGUGGAGGAGAAUUGGGAUAUGACAUAGCUGAAGAUGAAACUCUAGGCACUUUGGGGCAUAUGUCAAGAGGCCUCAACCAUUCAGACCACGAUGACCUAAUUAAAGAGGAAGGAGAUGGUAUGUCUUUAUUGUGGGAACAGGGACCUCCGCAAAACAUCCACCAGGACCAGUUGGAAAAUGUAGGAAUCCAACCUCUCACCUUGUUUGAUGAUGAUGAGGAGGAGGAAGAUGAGUUUAUGGUGGAUGGCUGGACAAAUACAAAUCCAUUUAGCAGCCAAAUGUUUGGAGAGGAUGUGCAGUUGUCUGGCAUAAGGGAGGACACUUCUCUUUCCAUUGAAGAGUGCUUGCGUUUCAUCGAUGUUAACUUCUCAGAAGAGGAUCCAGAGCUGACAGGUCCUGAUGUUCAGAAUGUAGAAGAACAUACACUUAAUUUCCAGAGGCCCCUCAUCUCACCCUUUUUGCCUGAACAGGAAUCCACAUUCAGCCUAGAGCAACAGUGGCAAGAUGUUUUGGCCAUCAUGGAGUCACAGGGCAUGGAUACAGUUGAAACAAUUAGUGAUUCUGUCCUCAGUAUGAGUGAGUCAGACAGGAGUGUUGGAUCCAUGGAAAACUUAAUUCAUCAGGAUGUUAGCCUUCACCAAGCCACCCUGCCACCAAUCACAGAAGGUCCCAGCACAAACAGCAUCAUGACGGAUGAAAACUCCAUGCAAAAUCUUAACUUGGAAACCUCUUCUAAUAUAAAUGUAGCUUUUGAAGACUCUGAUAUCAUAGAUCUCCUUCUGACCCCUGGGACUAAUAGUUCAGUUAACAGUAACAACCUACCUGCCUUGUUUGAGCAAGAAGGCCUAACAGUCCCUUUAGAUUCUCUUUUGGAAGAGGCCAUGCUUGAUGAAAUUGGCCUUAUCGAUUUUGCUUUGGAAGGAUUUAGCCAGACACAGCCUGCCCAAUUUGAGGAGCAAAACAAAGCAGAUUCUGACUCUGGUUUAUCCCUGAACUAUAGCCAAAGCCCCACUUCCACUAGUAGAUCUAUGUCUUCUAGUUCCUUAUCAUCUUCAUGCUCCUCAUCACCUUCCAGCCCAUCACCUGGUUUCAUGCCUGAGGAAGGGGCUGUGGGCUACACCAAUGUCAAGGAAGAGGAAGGAGCUGUAGGUGGCUACACGCCAGAAGAAACAAAAAUGUGUCAUAGAAGUUAUUUGGAAGCCAGGCAGUUUCAUCGUCUCCCCUGGCUUGAGCACAUUGGACAUGAUCACACCUACAACCAACCUCAAUCUUUCAGUCAGAAAAAAUAUACAAAACACCCCAUCGAUGAUCCAUUUGAGGAGAACACGCUGGAUCAUAUGUCGAGUCGGGAUGAGAAACAUGCUCGUGCCUUGAAUAUUCCAUUCCCCAACGAAUGUAUCAUAAAUUUACCUGUUGACGAGUUCAAUGAGUUGCUAGCAAAAUAUCGUCUCAACGAGGCUCAGCUCACGCUUAUCAGAGACAUACGUCGCAGGGGUAAAAACAAAAUGGCCGCACAAAACUGUAGACGAAGGAAACUAGGUAUCUUACUGGGAUUAGAGCGUAACGUAGAUGGCCUGCGACGCCACCGUGCUAGACUGCUCAGGGAAAAGUCUGAGAUCUCGUGCUCACUCAGGGAAAUUAAGCAAAGCCUAAACAGUCUGUAUCAAGAGGUAUACGAGAGGCUAAGAGAAGAACAGGGACUGCUCUACUCUGACAACAACUUCACCUUGCAGCAAAACAGCGUCAGCCCUGUUACACUUGUUUCACAACGCAGAUCAAAUUCUCAUUCCAAACGUAAACUUGGCAAGAGACAAAAAGACAAAAAGUGAAAGGGAAGACUAAGAUGAUAAGCUAAUGUUCAUUAGUUCUGCAGGCUAGACAAUGGAAUUACAAGAUCCAGUGAAAACAGGCUCAGGAGAAAUGCUCUCUGCUUAAGUCUACCUGCAGGUUUUCCAUGGUUCAAAGGAAAUUUGCACCAGGCAGGGUGUUUUUAACCCAAGGGAUCAUACAUAAAAAUUCACUACACAGCCUGUGUUGGCACAUAACGCAACAUCCACAGUUGUAAGACAAGGCAAAUAAUGCAAAAUACAUGGAAAGGAGGGAAAUUCAGAGUGGGCUACAAGAAAUUAGGCCAUUUUCAUGGACUCGAUGUGAACAUGACAUUGCAUGCUCCACAACAGACAUUAACCAGACAAUCCAUGCAACAUUGCCUUGCCAAAGUGUGCACUUGGGAGUCUGUACCAAUUGGGAUAUUAAAUAUUGGCCUCACAUUACAUGACAGCAAUAAAUAUCCAAUAAAGUAGGUAUUCAAAACUAUGGCCUCUCAUCUUCAACCACAGAGCCCCCUUGAAUUUCAAUGAGAGAAAUGGAUUUGUUGGUCUCGUUUAAUUGAUCAGUGGUUCUCACCCUUUUUGACUCUGUGGCCCAACAUUGGCCAAGAUUAUUUUCAAAGCUCCCAAUUUGGAGUGACAAUAGAUUACAACCAUUUAUCACAAUUUCAUGAGUCCCGAGGUUUCAAUAACUGUUAGUUUUGCAUGUUGAAGGUCUAAAUUUUGAUGUGAAGUGCCUUUACCAUUUUAAUUAUUUAAACCGGUCAUCUUCCCCCCCUUGAAAGUAUAUUGAGGCCUCAGUUUCCUGGUUCAGAACUACUGUAAUAGAUCACAUUACUGUAAUGUAAUGGUAAAAUGUAAGUGUACAAAAUAUAGGUUAUGCAACUUGAUUUACAUUGUUAAAUGUUUUGUAAAAUAAUAAAAAUAAUUUAUAUUAAAUUGUUUAUGCACCUUGUUAAAUAUUUUGCAGUG